ACUUUGAAGGUUACCACUGGGUACUGGGUGCAUGUAGGGACAUUAACUUUGGGCGUCAAACAGAGAUAGCAAUGCUGCGUCGUGGUUUGGCUCCGAGCAGGACGAUCGCGACUCGCGCUUUCGCCACAACGACUCAAACCUUGCCCUACGACCAAGUGCCAGGGCCUAAGCCUAUUCCAUUCCUCGGAAACAAAUUCAGAUUUUUCCCAGGAUUUCAGAAAUAUGAUUUUACAAAUUUGAUCAAUCUGCACAAGCAAUUGCGCGAUGAAUUUGGUGACAUCGUCCGAUUUUCCGGCCUGGAGCCGCGUCGCGACCUGCUAUUCAUUUUCAAGCCUGAGGACAUCGAGACCGUGUUCAGGAACGAGGGACUCUGGCCGGAGCGACCUUCUUUCAAGGCCCUCAAGUAUUACCGCGACGUCACCAAGAAGGACGUCUUCCAGGGUCUUGGCGGAGUCCUUGUCGAUCAAGGGUCUGUGUGGCAGGAGGCACGCUCGCAUGUCAACCCAAUCAUGAUGAAGACGCAGAUUGUUCAUAUGUACGCCGACAAAAUCGGCGCCGUUGCCGAGGAAUUUGUCAAUUUAAUACCAAAGUGGAGAGACGCAAAAAACGAGAUGUCGGGAACUUUCAAAAACGAAAUCCAUAAAUGGGCUCUUGAAUCGAUCGCCCUGGUGGCCCUCGACGCGCGAUUGGGGUGUCUGCAGGAAAAUCUGCCGGCCGACUCGGAGCCGCAGCGAAUGAUCGACUCAGUCCACUUGGUCCUUCAGUGUCUGCACGCCCUCGAGAUGGGCAACUCCACCCUCUGGACGAAAGUCUCGACACCCACCUGGUCAAAGUUUGAAAAAACAAUGGACUACUUUACUGGAGUGGCUCUAAAAUACGUGAAUGAAGCGAUAGAGCGUAUCAAGAAAAAGAGUGGUGAUCUCGAGGGGGACAAGCAGAGCGUCCUCGAAAGGUUCCUGCAGAGGGACCCGAACCCCACAAGAGCCGUCGUAAUGGCUCUUGACAUGCUCAUGGCCGGCGUUGAUACGACGUCUCACGCGUUGACCAACGUGUUGCUGCACCUGUCGGCCAACCAGGAUAAGCAGCAGAAGUUAUUCGAGGAGCUGAAAAGGGUUUUUCCUAACCCAAGCACCCCCAUCACCAACGAGAUGCUUGACGAGAUGAAGUUCAUGCGCGCGUGCAUCAAAGAGAGUGCCAGGAUGAUGCCCGUGGUCACGGCCAACGCCAGGACCACCCAAAAAGAAAUCGUUCUCUCUAACUUCAGAAUUCCCAAAGAGGUGGACGUGAUAAUGCCUCACGCGGUGAUUUCGAGAUUGAGCAAACACUACACUGAGCCUGACGCGUUCAUCCCCGAACGGUGGAUGAGGGGCGGCGAGCAGGAGGAAAAGGCCAACCCUUUUGUGACGCUACCCUUUGGCCACGGCGCCCGCAAGUGCAUCGGCAUGAGAUUCGCCUCCCUUGAGCUGGAAAUGGUGCUCGCCAAGAUGAUAAGGCGCUAUAACUGGCGAUACGAACACGGCGAGAUGAAUUAUCAAACCUUCUUGGUGCACGUACCAAUGGAUCCGCUCAAGUUUAAGGUCACUGAACGCACCCAUUGAGAAUUGACGGCGGCGGCCAACUUUCGGAGAUAAAAUUUUGCGUUAAAAUGUGAUAAAGCGAUGGUUACUUUCAACCCAAGUAAAUAAAAUUAUUUUUUGAACUUAUUAUUAUCUGAUUGAUGUAACGAAAAUUUAUAAAAAUUAUAAAUCUAUGUAACUAAUGGAAAUCUAUUCUAGUUUAUUUUUUAUUGAAACUGAAAAUUCAAACUUGUUGAUAAAUAAAGCCUUUUAGAAUUAAAUA